AACCAAAGCAAAGUUAGAAAAAGGAGAGCAGGGAUUUGUCCACCUUUUGUUCCCUUUAUCCCCCGCCACUCCUUUUUCCCUUCUUGUGCUCCGCGCGGCCUCCCUUUCUAUAAGUAGCCCCCACCCAGUACGAGCUCUCCAAGUGCACGCUAACAAAAAAAAAUAAAGAUAGAAAAGAUACACGCGAUAUAGUGAUCAGUGUGAGUAAUAAGUUUCCAAAGGGAAUUAAUGGAGAAGGUGUAUUUAGUAGGGGGGAGGAGAAAGAUAAGAGAAGUGAUGAGUUUGAGUUGUUUGGAGGAGGAAGUUGAGGAGGAGGAGGAGGAGUGCGGAGGGAGGGUGGCGGUGAUACCGCCACCGCAGACGCCGAAGGAGCCGAUGGAGUUCUUGUCGCGGUCGUGGAGCGUGUCGGCGUCGGAGAUAUCGAAGGCGCUGCUUUCCGGGAACAAGAAGCGGAACUUCGUCGUCGACCGCUUGCCGGAUAUGAUGAUCCCCGACACGCUGGUGUUCGCCGCCUCCGCCGCGAAGAACCACCGCCCCAUCGGCGAACGUCGAGCUAAACACUCUAUCAUAACCCACCACCAAACGAUCGGCAGGUGGUUUCAUCACAAGGAGCAGAAUAGAAUAAGAGAGAGCAGUAAAGAGAAGGCCCGCGCCGAAAAAGCUCGAAUUCACGCUGCGGUAGCGGUGGCAGGAGUGGCCACAGCCGUCGCUGCUGUUGCCGCAUCUGCGAAUUCAGAGAACCAGACCCCGAAGAUGACUGCGGCGAUGGCCUCUGCAACGGAGUUACUGGCGUCGCACUGCGUCGAGAUCGCAGAGCUCACGGGGGCCAGCCACAUGCAGGUGGCCUCGGCGGUCGAGUCUGCGGUCGACGUCAGAACCCCUGGAGAUCUCAUGACUCUCACUGCAGCUGCUGCAACAGCUUUGAGAGGAGCUGCGGCUUUGAAACUGAGAGUGCAGCGCGAACCGAGGAGCAUUGCGGCGGUCACUCCCUAUGAAAGGGGUCCUUGUUCAAGCCCCGACAUCUGGUGCAAAGAAGGUGAUCUGUUGAAACGCACCGGCAAAGGUAUCUCUCAAUUUACUAUUCACAAACUUAAUCUGCUGAAAAGUUCUGUAAUUAAGAUUGCAUAUCUUGCCGUUCAUUAUUCAGGGGCUCUACACUGGAAACGAGUAUCUGUGUACAUCAACAAAAAAUCACAGGUGGUACUAAAGCUCAAGAGCAAACAUAUAGGAGGUGCACUUUCGAAGAAGAAGAAGAGUGUUAUAUAUGGCGUAUACGAUGAGCUCCAGCCAUGGACACGGCAGGUGAGAGAAUCCACAGAGGAGAAGUGCUACUUCGGACUGAGAACGGCACAAGGUCUAAUAGAGUUUGAAUGUGAGAAUAGAAGCGAAAAAAAGAAUUGGGUCGGUGGAGUGCAAAACUUGCUACGCCAAGUAGCCGGCAGGACCGAUCGAAUAGAGCACUCUCUGGAGUCCCUAAAACUUGGUUAAUGUAAACAAUGAAUAGAGCCAAUUUUGUCGACAUAGAUGUACUUGCAGCAAAAUAUAUGUAUAAAUAUGAAGUUGUGGAGUUUCUCCUCUUAUGUA